AUGCCUCUGGACGAUAGAAGCCACUUUAUUUACUUGGCUCGGAUCCAGCUAUUCUCUGUGGUAUGUCCCAAGGAUACAGUCUAUGACUACAGACUCUCAAGGUGUGCAUCCGAAAAUACAGAUUCCGGGUAUGCUUGUCCUCUGGACCCACCAGCAACUGGAUUCUCAACGUUUACCCGCGGUUGCGCCUCGGACAUUCCGGGAAACUGUUUUGGCAUACCGCUGAGGGCACUAAAGCUGGAUAUGACGUUUACCUUAGAAAAUCUCAAGGUGGAGGAGGUAUAUAAAUAUACCCCGGCGAGUAUUGGCUGGAACUACUUCACUCCGGAUAACAACUGGCGGGUCAAGCCUGGAUAUCGCUUGGGCUUCAUUGCUUCCCACAUAUCAACACUGUCCUACAUCGUGGUUACUGAGGAUUAUCCCAUCGAUUUAAUUGCAUUUAAAAUCAAAUCAGUGGUAAAAGGUCAGGAGAUCGCGCAAUCAAGCUUUAUGAAGAUGACCAAAAGACAGCACCAGAUUGGCGCCUACAUUCGUCCUGAAGUAUCAAUGCGUCUAACUGGCAAACUAUCAAAUAUUGGGACUCAGUCUGUCUCCAUAACACUCAGAGCCUACUCCAAGAACUUCUCGACCCACAAUUUCACUAGCUCAUCCAGCAUAAAUAUAGUACAGGGCAGCACUGACUGCGAACUGGUCACAAAGGUGGCUGCCGCCGGCAAUCCCACCCAACUAAAACUGACCAAUCAUGGAGGCAAGCAAGCAAAACUUAGUUUACAUUUUUGUGCAUGCAAAUAA